GUAGAAUAAAAUAUUUAGCUAUACUAUAUAGUUGCAUAUUUUUGGGUACCUAGCCGUUUGGCAUUUUAGUAGUUUGGUGGGUUAAAUUCAUAGACAUUCUUAAAUAUCUAUAGUUAAAUUUUCUUUUUUCAUCACAUACAAAUAGGUUUAGCUUUAGUUUCCCGUUGAUAUUUUUGUCUUUUAAAAAGGAUCAAUAUGUUUGCGACAAAAUGUUUGGCACAACAAUGUUUUAAGAUGGCUAAAUUACAGUCUUUUAAAUCAGCUAAGAUCUGUGUGCCGUCCGUUCGUUGUUACGGUAGUAUUUACGAACCUGAGUAUCUAGACAUGUUAAAGCCAGACAUUCCUGAAUACGAGGAAGUAAAUAUUCAAAUCAAAGGUUAUGACUUCGCUAUACUAGAAUCGUUUCAAAAACUUGUGCACACUAUUGCCGAAAAUAUGGACAUUGAAGUAUCUGAUGGGUGGGCAUUACCUCCACAAACAAUAAAUGUCAAACGAUUGGUGCCCAAUAGCGAAAAUGUAGAAGCACAAUACACAUUAAGUGUAUACGAACGUAAUAUACAAGUGGUCGACAUCCCCACUACUAAGCUUUCCUUACUUAUCGAAGUAAUAGAAGACUCACUACCUGCAGGGGUUAAGGCAUCAAUUCACAAACACACGGACGAACACGAAAUACUCAGAUAUAUACCCGACAACGAACUAAAAACGUUGAAAAAUCAACUGGAAGAAAUGGGUGGCACUAAGAAAAAAAAGUGAGUGUGAAAUACUAAUUUUUAUUGUUAAAUCUGUAACAUUAUGUAGUACUUAGGUACCUAAAUUUAUUAUGUUGUAAGUAAUAUAAUACAAUUUGUGAAAUUUUA